AUGAGUUCUAGCAACUCAAGUGCUCAGCAAGAUGCUGAGCAUGAAUUAGAUUUCACAGUUUCAUGUAUUGGUGUUGUACCAUUUGUUUUAGUCGUCUGGUUGUACUACAUGACAAAAAGGACUGACGACAAAAGAUCAUAUUAUGCGAUUCAUUUCAAUCUGGUGACAUUAAGCUCUGUUCACAUUGUUGGAUCGUUUAUAGUUUUGAUGAUACUUUUGAUAAUAAGAGUAACCGACGGGUUCACUGGAAAAUCUGAAUGGAUUCGUUUUUUAUACAAGCUGUUCACAAAUUUACUAAUUCAUGGAUCUCUAAUUGUUGCAACAAUAUUUUACUACCUUAUCUUCAUUUCCUCCAUGCAAAGAUUCAUGCUUCUUACUAUUGAAAAACUCGGAAGAAAGCUGAUGACGGGAGCCAGAUUGACAUUCAACAUGACAAUGUUGUACUUUGUUGCAAUCAUUUCUGCAAUUAACAAAAUAUUUGCUUCAAACAAGAUUCCAUGGCUUGAGAUGAUCACGAUGGUUUUGUCUCUUAUUAUGCUUUUGCUGAGCAUCAUAAUAAUACGCCACAUCGAUAAAAGAUCCAGAUCGGGGAUGUCUGCGCACGUUACUGUAUUGCUGCAAACAGUGCCAAUUGCUAUUUUACUAAUGGUCUUCACAGUUGCAAAGUUUUAUGUGUUGACAAGUGGACAAACGAACAUCAAUCUCAUCACAUUCCAGUCGUUCAUGACGUUUUCUAUAUCAUUCAUGACACCUAUAUUUUUGAUCAUUGGUAGUCUCAACAAACGAAAAGUGGCUGUUGCUAUCUUAACAUGUCAACGCGGCACACGAAUUAUUGGAGGAGAAGUUUAUACAGCGGAAAGGUCUCCUGCAACAAUGUCUCAUGUUGUCAGUAUGGUGCCAACAAGGAUUUGAUAUUUUUUUUAUGAACGCAUUAAAAUCACAAAGUGUAAAUAUGUUUGAAUUUUUCUUGUAAAAUAUGUGGUUCAACCAUUAUUAGAUAUUUUUAAUAAAGUUUAUUUU